GAUAGGCGGGGCUAGUGAAAGAACGCCGAUGAGGGGGGGAGGAGGAGAAGCGAGGCAAGGCCGUUGCGUCAGUUCGGUCUGGCGGGCUGUUUUGGAAGCUGCUUUGAGAAGAUAGGCCUGUUUUCUAUGGAAAGGAACGGAAUAUUGUUAUCAAUAAGAUUACAAUUCUUAUUAUGAAAACAUGAAUUGAGCCGGGUUCCAAUUUAGGUAGUAGUUGGACGGGCUGAGCCGUCGACUGGCUUUUGAAGCGCGCUCUAGUUCAGAGGCAAACAAAAGAUAUUUCUAAGGCGAAUUCUUUAUGGGAAAAGUUAACUCCUAAGAGAACACAAAUUCCCACUCUGUGCCCUCUCCCUUUAAAGGCAGCAAACGGCUAAAGAGCACCAAACAAAGGAGGAGGGCCAUUUUGUUGUUGCAGUCAGAGGUGCUGAGGGUGGGAUGGUCCUGUAUGCAACUCGGACUCUUCGGCAUGGAGUUCUUGUUUCCUUGACGGGAGGAAACGGGAAGGGGACUGACGAAAUCGAUGGAAGCAUCCGGAAGGCUUUCUGCGUGGGACUCACAGUUGUACGGACUCUGGAAACGCCAUAGAAAAUGAAAGCGAGCGACUUCAGCUGGAAAGUGACAUCUGUUCGUUUACUUUCAUAAAAAGAGCUUGUUUGUCAAAGCAUAUUCUAAUUUUCUGUGGUUGUCAUGGCUUUAUCCCUCAAGGUGCUUUGUCAGUGUCAUUGGCAAAAUGGCUUGUAUCCCUUUUUUAGAUCUGUUGGUGGUGGUUACAACACAGGUCAAUACAGCAGCUAUAGAAGACCAGGAACACCACCUGACAAGACCCCACCAUGGGCAAAGAUUAACUUUAGCUUUCAGAAGGGAAUAGAAGGGAUCAAGACCCAUUUUGGACGCUUAGCAAAAGAGGUAGGUGAUCAUCUGAGAGGGCCUGAGGGACGUCCUUUAAAGGAAUACUUGCUGGAACAGACAAGAGUGACUUGGCAGUUUCGCACUGAAGAAGAUUUGAAUAAAUGGGUAAUCUCCUCCGACACUGAAAUUGGAGGAAAAAGUGAAGUGUACCUAAAACUAGGUAAGGAUAACCAGUCUGCUGUGUUGUAUGGGACUCUCAAUACUCAAGUGCCUCGGGAUGGAGAGACAAGAUACAGUGGAUAUUGUUCCAUGAGAUCAAAGCCACAACUUAUUUCUUUUGAUCGAAAGCGGCCUUAUGAUUGGUCAAAUUUCAAUUGCCUGUACCUGCGUGUUCGUGGUGAUGGUAGACCUUGGAUGAUAAACAUCUAUACAGACCCAUACUUCUCUCAUCAGAAGGAUGAUCUCUAUAAUUACUUCAUGUUUACCCGAGGCGGUCCAUACUGGGAGAACAUCAAGAUUCCAUUUUCUAAGUUUUUUUUGUCAAGCCGGGGCAGAAUCCAGGAUCAGCAGCACGACCUCUGGUUAGACAAGAUCAGUACUCUUGGAUUCACUUUAGGUGACCAGGUAGAUGGCCCAUUCCAGCUGGAGAUUGACUACAUUGGAUUGGGCAAAGACAGAGCACAUACAGAAGAAUGUGCCUAUGAGCAAUAUGAAAGAAAUCCUAAGAAGAAGCGCUCUGGAUGGCUUUAAUUCAUCUACAGUACUUGUUAUAUUAGCACUGCUAUACCACACUGGUCUGUAUCCAGAAAUCUCAUCUGGCAAAAUACAUUGCCAUCAGCAAAACACUGUCCUUUGAAAUUAUUUAGGACCAGGUGCUGGAGUGAAUUAACACAACUCAUUUCCAUUUGUGACGCAUCCCUGAAAGGUCUACUAAAUUAUAUCAGCUCAGCAUCUACCUUAAAAUGCUUCUUGAAUCAUAAUUGUCAUAAAACUUUACUCCCGCCAUACUUUUAAAAUUACUUUCUCCUAUGUGGCCACAGUGGCAUGAUGAUUUCCAUCUCUGUUUUAUGUUUUGAUUAUUUGCCCACUUUUUGUGGGGAAAAACAUUGCCAAAUCUUAA